GCCUCCGUCACUCCUCGCAGAUAGUGCCUCGCCUGCGCAUGCCGUGCGAUCAUAUGCGCGUAACACGACGGACUGCUUAUAAAAUACAUAUUCCGAUUAAUUUAACAGUGAAAAUACGAUGAAGUGAAUUAAUGGUUAUUGUGAUGUUCUAUUCGAAUAAGAUGUCGCAACCGUGCAGUGUUAUUAUGACUGAUGUAAUAAAAAGGUUUAGUCAUUUGUCCUGUUAACUAAUAAAGUAACAUGGAGGGGGUCAGAGUCACCCACCAGGGUGUAAAAGCCCACACACCUGAGGGAUCAGCGGGUCGGAUUACACAAGCCGGUCUCGCAGCGAGGAGUCCAGAAGGAACUGCAGCUAAAGCUAUGGCUAUUAAAGGUCAUGAAGAUCUUUGGGUGGAAAUCCAAGCGAAUACAUUUAGGAACUGGGUCAAUGAGACCCUGAAGCCUAUAAAUAUUAAGGUAAUAGAUCUGGUGGAGGACUUAAGUGAUGGAACCGUGUUGUGCUCUCUGGUGGAAGCUCUGCAGGGUCGAAGGUUAAAGGGCUGGAGUCCGAACCCGACCAAUCAGCACCAUAGACUUGAAAAUGUUACCACCGCUUUACAGGCCAUCGAGGACGAUGGUGUUAAACUUGUUAAUAUAGGAAACGUGGACAUUGUAAAUGGAAAUUUAAAACUCAUUCUUGGACUAAUCUGGUCUCUAAUUGUCCGUUAUCAAAUUGGACGAAGCAAAUUCCCACCCAGAAAACUUAUGCUGUCAUGGCUCCAGGCAGCACUACCGGAAUGUCGUGUUGGCAACCUCACGACCGACUGGAAUAGCGGAGUGUUACUAUCAGCUCUGGUCGACUUCUGCAAGCCUGGUACCUUCCCACAUUGGAAGGAACUUAAUCGCCAUGAAGCUAUAGAAAAUUGCCGAAGAGCUAUGAAGUUGGCGCAUCGAGAGUUAGACGUCCCCAUGGUGCUGGAACCUGACUACUUAGCGUCGCCUUGGCUUGACGAGCUCUCCGGCAUGACAUAUCUGUCGUACUUUAUGAAACCAGAUGCUGCAGGAGUUAAAUCAACCUUGGAGUGGGUUAACUCUCGCCUUGAAAGGCCCAUUACAAAUUUCACGACCGAUUGGAAUGACGGCCGUGUUGCCAAUGAGCUGGUCAGAUCGAUGGGUGGUCCUGCACCACCACCGAGCAGACUUCGCCGAGAUCCCGCACGAUGGGAAGAGAAUUGCCAAAUGGCUAUCGAUGCUGGAAAAAAAUUAGGUGUGCAACCUGUCUUGUCUGCUAAAGACAUGAGUCAAAGUGAUGUGGAGCACUUAGGUGUAAUGACCUGGGCAACGCAGUUCCGAAAUGUACCACCCCGUCCACCUAUCCAUGACAUGUUGCGAGUCGCUCUUGAUUCCACUUCUGGGAGAGUCGGAGAACCAACUUACAUCAAAGUUGAAAGUAUAACGAACGAAUUAUCGAUAUCAGAAGUAAAAGUGUCAAUCCUUAAUCCGUUAGAACAAGAAUCUAGACUAAAGUUGGACGCAAAAGGUGCAGGCGAAUUUGUCCCUGAACACGCAGGCAUGCAUGAAAUUAUACUUACCGUGGAUGACAUCAGAGUUGAUGGAAGAUAUUUCUUCAGAGUUUUACCUAGAUUAGUUUCGGUUCCGCCGCCGGGAAUGGCGCCUUGUGCUGCCGGAAGCAUUGUCGAAGUGCUUGUCAGUGCUACAGGAGCACCACGACGAGAAGACAUAGAUGUUACAGCCCAUUCCCCGAGUGGUCGUGCCGUGCCGUUAAGGCCAAGACACCCACCGCCAUCCGCUCCAGGAACAACAGCUUCAAGUGCCACAUUUCAGCCUGAUGAGGCUGGAGUUUGGACAAUUGCUAUAACUUAUAAAGGAGAACACAUUCAGGGAGGUCCAUUUACUUGUGAAGUUUUCGAUCCAGCUGGUGUUCAUCUUAGCCCAGGUGCAUUGGAAGGAGCGGAACCUCUUAAGCCGCACUCAUUCGAACUGGACACGAGUUUAUGCGGUGUCAAGGGAGAUUUGCAAUUAGACAUUGUUCACGAUAAAAGAAGUGUUAUGUGUGCGUUGGAGAAGUUAUCGCCAACGAAGUAUCGUGCAACAUUUAUGCCAAAAGCGGCCGGAAAGCAUAGAUUGUACAUUUAUUUUAACGGAUACGAUGUUCACGGAUCUCCCCACGUCUUCAGGGUCGGAUCACGGUCCAAGAAACAUCGCGACAGUGCGAGCCCAUCACCAGCUUAUGCAAGGAUAUCUAGUCCAGUUACUAGAUUGAGAUCCGAGAGCCCGCAUAGUAACUUAAAUUUAUACGAAACGAAUACAAAGCACAGUUCGAGUUCAAUAGAUCGCCGUGAAGAGAAACGUAAUUCAACGGAUUAUUACAAAUCCUCGUUUGGUUCAGAUAUAAAAGAAAAAGCUUACGAUGUCACCGACUCGUAUUCCAAUCCGAGAUUAAAUAAACGAGAUAGUUAUAACACGACAUACGAGACAGAUAAUUCUCGGAACAGAACGGCUAGUCCAAUAACAUCGAAACAUUUAGGCAACGGAUCACGGCUCGAUUUUGCUAGGUCGAGCAGCCCGUAUAGAGCAAGCAGCCCAUACAGGGCUACAAGCCCGAUCGGUCGGACGAGCCCGCUAACGAGGAAAGAUAGUCCUUUGAACAGAACGGCCAGUCCAAUUAAUCGAGUUAAUAGUCCCACCGAUCGAUACAGCCCGGUGACAACGACAAAGCGAGUGGUGGAAAAGCGGUCAAACUAUAAAAUUUACAGCUCAUACAGCGGGUCACAAGACAAUCUUGACCAGAGUAGUCCAUUGUCCUCGUUAGAAACGGAUAGAGUUAAAAGAUAUGGAAGUCCAAGUACAGCAGAUACAGGAGAUCCAGGAGGAAAACCGUAUCGUCAGAGAAACGACUCUUGGGAUACAGUCGAAACAACUAGAAAAAUGUUUAGCAAUAAUAGCCUUGAUGCAACUACCGAUCGGCACGGACAAAGCACCCUGGAUCGUGAAACGCAGCGUAACACACAGCUAAACAAGUUUAGCGACUACUCGCGCGACUCCUUCAACCGACACCUCGAUCGGUUGGUUGACGAGCGUGAUUCGGACACCUAUACGAGUCGUCAAGAAAUCACAAAACGUGAAGUUCGGGAAAGUUCGUACGUGGUCCGAGACUCUUCCUACAGCAGUGUGGAGGAGAAACACCAACAACAGCAGUCUUUUUUAUCCAAUAGGCCCCCCCGCGACCCAACCGGGGGGGCCCGCACUGAAACGGAUGCCGCGCAUUCUCGUUUCAGACCAAUUCAAAGGGAUAACAUUAGAGGUGCAAAAGGAAUAGUUAUUAAGCCUACUUACAAAGGAAUAGUUGGCCACCCUGUGGAAUUUAUAGUGGAUGCAAGUUCAGCGGGUCCUGGUCAACUUGAACUCGAAGUCUCUGGCGGUAAUGGAACUUUAGUGGCGAGCUCGGUUCGACCGCUUGGCGGUCACAAAUAUAUAGCUGCGUUCACGCCUCGCCUGCUCCGGCCACACUCUGUCCGGGUCACUUUUAACGAUCAACACGUACCUGGUUCUCCGUGGAAGGUAGAGGUGAUGGCAGGGCCGGCGGGCGGCGGCGGAGGAGAGCCCACGAGGCUGAUACCUGCGCGAGUGCCGGCCGUGUUUGAAAUUUCGACAUCCCCUGGCGCGCCGACGUUCAACAAAAAUGAGGUCGGUGUAACUGUGACGGCGCCAUCGCGUCGCCCUGUGACAGCACGCGUGUUAGACGUGGUGGAACGUCCUGGAGUGUACCGUAUCGAGUUCACGCCAGAGGAAGUCGGCACACAUUUGAUAGAUGUUUCCAUUGGCGAAGACAAAUUAGCCGCUGGCCCGUUAGUCGCCAAAGUAUACGAUGCAAGCCUCAUUAAAGUCACAGACAUCGGCAACGCUCUGGUCGGACAACAGUGUCAAUUUAGAGUGGACGCCAGUGCUGCGGGUGAAGGGCAAUUAGAAAUUUCAAUCAAUGAGGGUGAAGUCCCCAAUCAUGUACAAGUAGUAGGAGGUGGACGCUGUCUCGUUUUCUGGCGGCCAGAAACAACAACACCUCAUCGAGUCGAUAUUAAAUUCAAUGGAGAACCUGUGCCAUCAUCGCCUUUUGUCUUUCACGUAGCACCUGCUCAGAGAGUCAUAAUCGACACUUCACAAGUUGAACUUAUUCCCGUUGGAGAUUUAGCAUCAUGUUCUGUGCGAGUAGAGGGAUCAGGUGGUGGCGAGCUUACUGUAACAGUUCGAGGUCCCCGGGGUGAAGUUCCAGUGCGUCUUACGGGAGAGGCUGUUACCGGUCUAGUGGCUAGUUUUACACCAAAACACGUGGGACCCCAUACACUCACAGCCAAUUAUAAUAACCAGCCUGUUCCAGGCACACCAUUUGUAUGCAAAGCAUAUGACAGCAAACUUGUGAGUGUAAAUGGUGGAGCUUCUGCUCGCAUAGGUGUACCAGUACAACUUGCUGUUGAUGCAGCUCAGGCUGGCGAAGGAAACCUCGAAAUUACAGUUGCCGCAAGAGGCCUAAAUAUACCAACCCAAGUCCAUCCACAAGGAAAUGCCAGAUUCACAGUAUCAUUUACACCAACCGAGGCUUGUGAACAUGUUGUCAAUGUAUCAUUUAACAAAAUGCGUGUACCUGGCUGUCCUCUCAUAAUUGAUGUAUCAGAAGGUGGAGGGAGCAGUGCAAGAGUUACUUUACCUGGACCCGUACCCCUACACCAACCAGCAGCAUUAACACUCCACCAUCAAUCAGCCACACUUGACCAAAUAGAAGUGAAUGUCGAAGGUCCGAACGGCGCGUCGGUGCCGGCGGCGGUGGCGGCCGCGGGCGCCGGGACGUUCCGCGCUGAGUUCGUCCCGCGCGCCGUGGGCGAGCACCGCCUGAAUGUACUAGUCGACUCCGCGCCCAUACCUGCUAGUCCGUUUCAUUUAAAGGUAUACGAUGUGACUGCUAUAAGAGUUAAAGAUGUCGCUCACGGCACAGUCGGGAAGCCUGUAACUUUUCUCGUUGAAACGAUGGCGGCGGGGCCCGGUAACCUGGAAGUGACAGUGAACGGUGGUCGCGUACCCACUGCUGCAGCGGCUCAAGGAGCUCACACAUAUGCCAUAAGCUUCACGCCGAGAGAUCCUCGUCCACAUACCGUGGAACUGCGGUUCAACGGAGACCAUGUACCUGGCAGUCCAUUCGUAUGUCACGUGUCAGCACCGGCGCGGGUGAUUGGUGCAGGAUCAGGGGAGUCCCCCGACAAAGUAUCCGUGGGCGACGCGUACACGUUCAGCGUUGAUUCCCCAACAUCCCCGCACGUUGAAGUGUUGGGUCCAGCCCGCAGGCCCGUAUCUGUUCAGGUUUCGGCUGAAGAAACUGUUGGUGAAAACGAACCGAGUAAAAGAUAUACGAUAUCAUUCGUUCCCGUUGAUGUCGGAGACCACAGCAUAGAGGUUCGUGCCGGUGCAAUGGGUGGUCACGUUGAAGGAAGUCCGUUCCUAGUUAAAGCUUACAGUGCGUCUCGUGUCUCCGUAACUGAUAUAUCUCCCGGUGUCGUUGGAAGACCGGUUUCCUUCACCAUCAAUGCCUCCCACGCAGGCGCCGGCAACUUGGAGAUCAUUGUAGCAGUGAACGGCAGGAAUGUACCUAAUUACGUCCAAAGCGAAGGAAACGCUAGAUUUAAGGUGAACUUCAAGCCCACGGAGGCGGCGCCGCACACGCUGUCGGUGCGCUUCAACGGGCACGCGGUGCCGGGCUCGCCGUUCUCGUGCGCGGUGUCGGCGCCCGCCGCCGCCGCCGACGCGCGCGCCGCGGGGCCCGGCCUCGCCUCCGCGCCGCGCGGGGAGCCCGCCGACAUACACCUCACCGGCUUCCAUACUGGAGAACCAACUAUAUUCGUUACUGGACCCGGCGGUAGCAGUGUCCGUUCUCGAGUAACUCCAUCUGGGGAUGGCCGUUACACUGGUACUUACACGCCGGAAGCGGUGGGAAGACAUAGCGUGCAAGUCCAAUGUGCUGGAAGACCUGUCCCCGGCUCGCCUUUCACGUGCAACGUGUAUGACGUACGAAGAGUCAGAGUUACGGGACUUGGACCUGGGGAUCUAGAAGGGACAUUAGAAGGAUUUAAUCUGGACGAAAAUGCUGAUGAGGAGCGAGGCGUUGAAGUUGGCAAGCCUGUCACAUUCAGUGUAGACGCCGCUGGAGCUGGAGAGGGCACCCUCGAGCUGGUUGUGUCUACACCGUCAACCACUGUCAAAGCUGAAGUAGUAGCAGUCGCCCGAGGGCUGUACGACGUGACGUUCGUCCCGGUUUCCCGCGAAGCGCACCGCGUGUCCGUCACGUUCAACGAGCAGCCCGUCCCCGGCAGCCCCUUCGUAUGUCGAGUUAGCGAACCGCACACAUACGUUCAAAUAGGUGGAAUGGCAUCAAUAGAAAUCGAUGAGACUCUAUCGGAUGUUGAAGUUGUAUCUCCCGCCGGAUCACGGAUAUUCGAAGCCCAUCUCGAAGACACAGGUCUCCUAACAUUUCCCGCUAACCGCGUAGGCAGAUAUCUAGUGAGGAGCUCCAGAGGGCCCAUCGCGGAGGUGGAGGCGUUGGACGCGUCUGCAGUGAAGGUGCUGUCUAUUGGAGAUGCGGUGGCACAUCGGCCUGCGAUAUUAACUGUGAGCACGGCGGGCGCGGGCGCGGGGCGGCUGGCGGCGCGCGUGUGGUGCGGCGGCGCCAGCGUGGCGCACUCGGUGCGGCGGCGCGGCGGCGCGCGCAUGGAGCUCGUGUGGCACCCGUCGCGCGCCGCCGCGCACCGCCUGGCGCUGCUGUGGAGCGGCGUGCCCGUCGCGCGCGAGCCGCUGCUCGUCGACGUGCUGCCCGCGCACCACGGCCAGGAGGUGGCAGCAUCAGGCCUUGGUUUGUACCAGGCUCAAGUAGGGAAAGUGGCAUCAUUCAGUAUAGACACACUCGGGCGACCCGCGAGAGAGUUUGAUGUCGUUGUGUCUGGACCAGGCGCUAGAGCACUACCGGUCAGAUGCUACCAGACAAAAUCCGGUCUCUUGCAAGCAGAAUAUUCGAUUAAUGAAGUUGGACAAAGCACAAUAGAAGUACUACACCUUUCCAAACCGGUCACUGGCAGCCCAUUCACAUGUGAAUCCUUCGAUCCGAACAAAGUUAUAAUAUCAGGUCUGCCAACUGGGAACAUCAUCGUUCAAACUCCUAUCAAUUUCACAGUGGAUACAAAGGACGCUGGUGUCGGCGAACUGGAAGUUAUCUGUGAAGCAAUGGGUGAAAGGCGAGUUCGGCUACCUAUUGACAUAAGGGAAGAUGGACACACGCAUAAAGUCCGCUUAAGACCGACAGUGCCUGCUCACUAUCGCAUCUAUAUCACUUAUGGAGGAGCUCCAGUAGUAGGUAGCCCGGUGUCGCUCGGUGUUCUCAGCGGUAGAGCAAGCAACGCAGCGCGAUGCUCCGGUACGGGACUCGCGCAUGCGCACGUCGGUAAAGAAGCCGCCUUCACCAUUCACUGUGUAGAGGACACGGCGCCCACUGUACAGGUUGAAAAAUUGACAGAUAGCAAAGAAGACACAACAGAUUCAGGUCUGCUAGAAUGCCGAGUGGUGGCAGGUGCACCCAAAGAGUGGCUCUGCGCGUACAUUCCUCUCGUAGUAGGAUUAUACGAAGUUAGAAUAUUCUCCUCAUCAGGUCCAUUGCCAGGAAGCCCGUUUUCUGUUAAAGUAAUAGAUACAUCUGCGAUUGUGGCGGUGGGCGGAUGGGGUACUGACAAUUCGGGUCGGGUGAGAGCGCCUUCUAAAUUAGUGCUGGAUACCAGUAAUGCGGGUCCGGGAACGCUCGAGUGUCUACUAGCUGGAAGACAUCAACGCGUGGAGACAGUUUCGGGACGAGCAGUGGUCACACUAACGGUAGUGGAAGGAGUUAGUGGGGAGCAAGAGCUAGAGCUGACCUAUAACGGAGCGUUGGUAGCCGGAGCACCUCGCAGGGCCCUCGUGGCGUCCGGCAACACCGCCGACAGGGUCACGCUGGCCGGACGAGGGCUGGCUCACGCCGCGCCGCAUACGCCCGCCGUGUUUACUAUUGACGGCAGCGCGGCGGGCCCGGGCGCGCCGGAGGCCACGCUGACGUCGUCGGAGGGGGAGGCGGUGUCGGUGUCGCUGUCGGCGGCGGGGCCGGGCCUGUGGCGCGCCACCUACACCCCGCGCCGCCCCGGAGACCACCAGCUACGUGUCGUGUGGGCCGGCAGACUCGUAAAAGGCUGUCCUUUAACAGUGAAAGUAAUGGCCGGUUCGGAGAGCGGGGACGCGUCGCGGGUAGUUUGCUCUGGCGCCGGCCUCGCGGGCGGAGUGGUCGGUCGAGAGAUACGGUCCUGGAUAGACACAAGACGAGCUGGUCCCGGAGAGUUGACUGCACAUUGUACCGGACCUAACAAGGUGGCUUAUUGUGAGCUGUACGAGCAUGGCGACGGCACGUUCACACUGAACGUGAAGCCGGCGGAGGCGGGUCGACACGUGCUCAGCGUGCAGUUUGCGGGCGAGCACGUGCCCGGGUCGCCCUUCGUGCUCAAAGUCGCCGGCGCACCUGACCCCUCAAAGGUCCGAGUGUACGGGCCGGGCGUGGAGCCGGGCGUGCUGGCCACGUUCCAGUCGCGCUUCCUGUGCGACACGCGCGGCGCGGGCGCGGGGCAGCUCACGGUGCGCGUGCGCGGGCCCAAGGGCGCCUUCCGGGUCGAGAUGCAGCGCGAGAGCCAGAAGGACCGCACUAUAUUGUGCAAGUUCUCUCCCACCGAGCCUGGCGACUAUCGAGUCGAAGUAAGAUGGGCGGGGCGACACGUACCCGGCUCUCCGUUCCCCGUCAUGAUCUUCGACACGCAAGAAGAACUACGUCGAUAUCUACAAGCUACCGCAAACCCAUAAGAAUGAACCCCCAACACCAACAUCUAACCCUCGAAUCAUAAUCAUAAUAUACAGAAGUCAUAAACAUUUAGUGUUACCAAUCUAAAAAAUUAAAACAAAAAAUUGCCUCAUUCAAAAUAUGUAACAAAAAUAAAUUUAAAUAAAAAAUAUACUAUACAUGAACGAAAUUAAUAACUUCAUUAAUAAAACAGUGACGUAUUUUUACAAUAAUUUUGUCUAAUCUAUGCUUACGUGCAUUUUUUUAAAAUAUAAUAUCUGCGAAUAUUCAUCCGUGAUAGUUCGAGUCAUAAAGAGCCUUAUAUGUAAGGUAGUUAAGACUAAAAUAGGUUGUACACGGGAAAUCAUUUAUCGGUGACGUAUGUAUGCUAACGAUCUUAAUUGAUACAAAUAAUUACUAAUAUUAUAUAUUUUCAUAUUUAUUGCAAGUCAAAGAUUAUUUAUCAUUAUAUUUAGUUAAACAAUGUGACAUAGAUAAGUGUAUAUCUAUAUAUGUAGACAUUAUAUUACGCCCAAAAUUAGUUCUUUGGUAUAUAACAUUUCUUUUAUAUACAAUUAUUGAUUCUAGUGAUAUUUCACGUGAAAUUCGAAUCUCGAUAUCGUAAUAACGUCGUUAGUUUCCUUAUUCUGUGUUAUACAUUACUCGAUGAACUAUCGAAAGCUAUAAUAUCCACGAAGUACAUUCCAAUAAAUAAAAUCAUAGGAAGCAUAAUAAAUAUGUUAAUUUGUUAAUAUUUAUUAAUAAAGACUUAGAGUUAGGCGCCAUCAUUUAACUUUUGUAACUAACGAAUCUUGUUUCUUGUUAUAAUUGCCUGGUAUUUAUUUAAGUAAGAUUUGAAAUAUAAUAUCGGAAAGUACAUUCAUAUUGCUGUCUCAUUUGUUUUAAUAAUAUUUACUUAUGCAAGAAAGAGACAGUGUGACGUAAAAUACAUAUGGUAUGAAGUGUAUUUCAAAUCUUACUCUUAGUGACUGGGUGAACGCUAAGGGUAACUAAUUGUUAAUAAAUUGAACAUUAUUA